CCCCCACUCUUUUGGACCAGCCUCGCAAGCGGAGGGGAGUUUUUCCGUGUACUUUGCCAGCAAGGAGCACAUUGUGACGCCCAGCAGAAAGCAUGGGGAAGCAAAACAGCAAGCUGACUCCCGAGGUGAUGGAGGAUCUGGUGAAGAACACGGAGUUCAACGAGCACGAGCUGAAGCAGUGGUACAAAGGAUUCCUCAAGGACUGUCCCAGCGGCAGACUCAACCUGGAGGAGUUCCAGCAGCUCUACGUCAAGUUCUUCCCUUACGGCGACGCCUCCAAGUUUGCACAGCACGCCUUCAGAACCUUCGACAAAAACAGCGACGGCACCAUCGACUUCCGAGAGUUCAUCUGCGCCCUGUCCAUCACGUCACGCGGGAGCUUUGAGCAGAAACUCAACUGGGCCUUCAACAUGUACGACCUGGACGGGGACGGCAAGAUCACCAGGGUGGAGAUGCUGGAGAUAAUAGAGGCCAUCUACAAAAUGGUGGGCACGGUGAUCAUGAUGAAGAUGAACGAGGACGGCCUGACACCGGCCCAGCGGGUGGACAAGAUCUUCAGUAAGAUGGAUAAGAACAACGACGACCAGAUCUCGUUGGAGGAGUUCAAGGAGGCGGCCAAGAGCGACCCGUCCAUCGUGCUCCUGUUGCAGUGCGACAUGCAGAAGUGAGAGCCCCGGCAACCCCCGCCGCCAACGCCGCCCUUCUCCUCCAACUCUGCUCGCUCCCCGGCCCCGCCCCCCUUGGCCCCGCCCCCUUGGCCCAGCCCAGCCUGCAUCCACACACACACACACACACACACACACACACACACACACACGGGACGACAGCACAUGUUCCAACGUCUCAUUAGGUUCUCUGCCAUUUCCACAGGAAAGAAGAAGAAGAAAAAAAACAAACAACGCUUGGACUAUUUUUCAAUGGACUCGCUUCUUGUGGUCGUAUGCAUGAGAAUGUCAAAUAUGCUGAAUCAUUUUCAAUAUGCUAAGAUAUCCUUACAUUUCUAUUUGCCAACAUGCCAGCGUGUUUUGUGCACAGUAACCCCCCCCCCCCCCCCCCCCCCCGCUUGUAAAUGGGCGGAGCACUGCCUUUUCAAACUUGCGGCGUUCCCUCCCCGGCAAGUGUUGACGGAUAACGCCACCGUACGCUUCCAGUCAUAGUAAGGAAUGACAUCAUUGGAACGUCUCUACCGUCCACACUUGUUGGAGGACAGGGAGGCUUCUUCCGGAAGGAACCCACAAAAAGUAUUGCAUGCAUAUAUUACGUGUCGAAAAAAUGUAUCUAUAUAUAAAAAAAUCUCUUACAUUUAUUUAUUUUUUUUUGCAUCUUGAGAUGGUUAGGAAAAGAAACCAUCUUGAGAUUCAUUUAGUACACAGGUGGUCCUCGGGUUACAAACAUGUUCUGGUGUAUUAAAAAAAAUAUAUCAUUUACAAAAAAAAAUCAGUAGCAACAAAAAUAAAGUAUUAAGAGAAAAAACAAUUCAA